CACCUCCUGCACCCCGAAUACCUCCAGCCGCUCUCCUCCACGCCCGUCAGCCCCAUCGAGCUGGACGCCAAGAAGAGCCCUCUGGCGCUGCUGGCCCAGACCUGCUCGCAGAUCGGCAAACCCGACCCUCCGCCCUCCUCCAAGCUGAACGCCGUCGCCUCCGCCGGGCUGCCCGCCGCCGACAAGGAGCCCUCCGCCCGCCCCGCCGCGCUCAAACCGCCGGGCGGCAGCGGGGACGCUCCGCCCGAGGACAAGUCCAGCUUCAAGCCCUACUCCAAGGGCGGGGAGCCGCGCAAGGAGGGCCCGGACAAGGCCGGCUUCCGCGUGCCCAGCGCCGCCUGCCCGCCGUUCCCCCCGCACAGCGCCGCAUCCCCGGGCGGCUCCCGCGGCGCGUCCCCGCAGCACGCCGAGCCCAAGGGCGCCGACGACAAGAAGGAGCCCGAGGCGGGCAAGCCCGGCCCCGACGGGGCAAGCGGGGCUUUGGGGCGCGGGGCGGCGGCGGAGUCCGGGGCGCACGGCGAACCCCCCUCAUCGGGCCGCAAAUCGGAGCCCCCAGCGCUGCCGCCCGCCGCCGGCCAUGUGGCCCCCGUGUCUCCUUACAAGCCGGGCCACUCCGUCUUCCCGCUGCCGCCUUCCAGCAUCGGUUACCACGGCUCCAUCGUGGGCGCCUACGCCGGGUACCCCUCGCAGUUCGUGCCCGGGUUGGACCCCAGCAAAGCGGGGCUGGUGGGCAGCCAGCUGCCCGGGGCGCUGGGGCUGCCGGGGAAGCCGCCGAGCUCCAGCCCGCUGACCGGGGCCUCGCCGCCCUCCUUCAUGCAGGGAUUAUGCCGGGACCCGUACUGCCUGAGCUACCACAGCGCCUCGCACCUGGGCUCCGGCAACUGCUCCAGCUGCGUGCACGACGCCGGCAGCCUGAAGAGCGGAUACCCCCUGGUGUACCCCGCGCACCCCCUGCAUUCGGUGCACACCACGCUCUCCUCCGGCGGCACCCCCAGCCUGCCCGGCCACCCCCUCUACACCUACGGCUUCAUGCUGCAGAACGACCCCCUGCCCCACAUAUGCAAUUGGGUGUCUGCCAGCGGACCCUGCGAUAAGAGGUUUGCCACCUCGGAGGAGCUGCUCACCCACCUACGGACCCACACGGCGCUGCCGGGCGCGGAGAAACUCUUGGCCGGUUAUCCCACGUCGGGGUUGGGUUCGGCCGCUUCCUGCCACCUCCACCUCCCGCCCGCCGCCCCCGGCAGCCCCAGCACGUUACCGGCCUCCCUGUCCUUGAGGAGCCCACACACUCUGGGACUCAACAGGUAUCACCCGUACGGCAAGAGCCAUUUGCCCGCAGCCGGAGCUCUCCCCGUGCCGUCGUUGCCGGCUGCCGGACCUUACUACUCCCCCUACGCUCUCUAUGGCCAAAGACUGACUUCAGCUUCUGCACUGGGAUAUCAGUAACCACGGCGGCCCCUUCCCCUCGCCGAGCCCCCUCCCCCUUUCCCUCCCGAUCCCCCCCCUCGGCUCCCUCCUUGGAACUGUGUAUUUAUUUACUGUAUGUUAGCUUAAAGCUGGGAAUAUAAGUGCAUUAAUACACCAAUGAAUCGAUGGUAUGCAAAAAAAAGUCUCUGUCCAAAAAAAAAAAAAAAA